AUUUCACUUCCAAAUAAAUAAUUUAUUUCUUGAUAAAUUAAUUCAUUACAAUCUCGCAUAGGAUUGUAAUUUGUAAUGAUUUACAAUGUCUCUUGAUCCCAAGGAAGCUGCAAAAGCUGUAAAAAAUGCCUUAUCACAUCCGCCAGAGGCUAUUAAAUUUCACAUAACCACAGGAGUUUGUUUAGCUGUUUUGUUGGCUCUAGUUCUAGUUUUAUAUCUUUUCUUUACUACAUUCAAGAACGAUCCCGUACUAUAUACUCACAUGUCACUGGGAGGGAACGAGAAGGAGAAAUACUGA